UGCACCCCAAGUACUGCCUCCCCUCCCACUGAAUACGUUGUUGGCGGAGUGCAAACCACAGCGGCCACAGCGCCCAUCCCUAACGCCUCACGCUGGUCUAAGCGUCGGGCGCCCGGAUCCAGCCCUACCCCUUUGGUGGAAAUACAGCAAACAACGAUCUUUUGUGUAGGACAGAAAAAAACGCAUUCGGCGUCGGGGAGAAGCAGUAAGGAGGGAGGGGAGCUCGUCUUGCAUUUCUGCAGAUAUGGGCAGGGAUUAGAGAUCCGUUGCAGGGUUUAACAUUAUGGCCAAGCAGUAUGAUGUGCUGUUCAAGCUGCUGCUUCUUGGAGAUUCCGGCGUUGGGAAAACCUGUUUAUUGUGCAGGUUCACGGACAAUGAAUUUCAUUCUUCACACAUUUCCACAAUCGGAGAGCCAGAGACUAUGACCCACUGUAUCCCAGGAGUGGAUUUCAAAAUGAAGACUUUGGAAAUAGAUGGCCUCAAAGUGAGAAUACAAAUAUGGGACACCGCGGGUCAGGAGCGAUACCAGACUAUUACCAAGCAGUACUACAGGCGAGCACAAGGGAUAUUCCUAGUGUAUGACAUCACCAGUGAGCGCUCGUUCCAGCACAUCAUGAAGUGGGCCAGCGACGUGGAUGAGUAUGCCCCAGAUCAGGUGCAGAAGAUCCUGAUUGGUAACAAAUCAGACGAGGAUCAGAAGAGGCAGGUGGCCACUGAACAGGGGAACAAGCUUGCUAAGACCUACGGAAUGGACUUCUUUGAGACAAGUGCCUGUACCAAUUACAACAUUAAGGAGUCGUUCACCCGGUUGACGGAGCUGGUGCUGCAAGCCAACAAGAAGGAGCUGGAUGUCCUGCGGGUUCCCUUCGGCGAGGAGCUCUCUGUCGCCGAUCUAGAGGAGGAGGAGCACCAGGCUGAUGUCGACAACAGUUCUCAGAAGAACUGCUGGUGUUAGGGAGCUGGGUGGCCUUCUCGCCGCUAUAGACCCACCACGUUCUCGCCGCUAUAGACCCACCACGUUCUCGCCGCUAUAGACCCACCACGUUCUCGCAGCAUUGUGGAAACAUUGUGACGUUAUCUUGAGCGGGUUAUCUCAUUUGCUGCAACUUCUGAAAUGCAUAUGUUCCUCAAAUCCUUUAACCAUUCCUCUUUCCUUUGUUUAUGAACCCUUAUUGUUCAUAUGUACUUGCUCAAAGGGGCUGGUGCUUUCCUUUCUUUUGUAAAGAAACGUUUACAUUUGUUGCACCUCUUCAAUCUCAUGCUGGAUGAAAGUAUAUCUCAUGUAAUUCACAGAUUUCACAGCUAGGUGGCAGCAGUCUCUCGGCACACUCAUGGUUUCGUCCUGACGUUUUGAUACUGGGGACAUCUGCUAUCCGUUUGUCUCUGUGAUACCCUUAAAUAUGGAUACUAGAUCCGUUUGCAAGAACCGAAUAAUUCAAGUUGUUCCAUGAAAAAUGUUUCAGCGCAGCUAGGAUCCGCGUUUUGGAGUAUUGUAAUUUCACCCCCCCCGGAAUUUCAAUGUAAAUCUAGCAGAUGUAAUAUUAUAUAGCAUGCAGUAGAAUGCUGUAUAAUAUAUUGAGACUUUUCUUUAAAUAUCAUAUUUUACAUCUUUACCCUGGCAACUUCAGUAUGCAUUAGUGAUAAUUUCAUGUUAUUUUUUGCCUACUAGGUCCCAGCACUUCGAUCAUGGCAUCGGUCGCCCCUUUUUCAGUUUUAGAACCAAAAUAACAAGCUUUGCCAAAACACUUUCAGAGUAGAUUAGUCUGCUGUUUUCAUAUAGAUAUUUUUUUUUCUAGAAAACAUCAUAAUGUCACACUUCGCCAGUUUUCAAUAGUUGGCUACUCGUAUUACGUGAAACAUUAUAUAAAAAUAAUUAUCAAUAUAGAUGCAACUAGUUAAUUUUGUGAAGCUUAAUUCGUGUUUGAAGCCGCUUCUGGUCCGACUAACAGCUUUUUUUUGUCUCCUGGAAAGGACUGUUAUAUGUAGGUUCCAUUAUUUUCCUUCUUUUCCUAGUGCCGACAGUUGCUGAAAAAGCUACAUUAUAGUAUUAAAAUGUCCGAAAUCCUUGAGAUAUCCAUGCCAGUUUGCUCAGCAGAAUAUGCGUUUCGGGUUUAGUCCUUGUAUAUGUUCAGCUAUAGUUUAAUAAGUUCAAAUAUCUUUAUUUUUUCAUUGGGUCAUUUCCAGGGUCUUGCUAUGCUGGAUAACUUCACUUUUUCCCAGUCUUUCAACUGGAAUGUGACAGUGAAAGAAGAUACUUUGUACAGUCGAGAGGGCAGAAAACUGAGAUGAAUUAUUGAAGUACUGAAAACCAAGCCUGCUUGGUAGAGUCGUGUGGAAGAAAACGAACCAGUUUUUUUUAAACGCAGUUCUUUUUCACUCCUCUGCCAAAAGAUUAAAUUACCUUGAUUCAAGAUGCAGAUCUAUAUUCUUUUACACAGAAUAAACACUCUACAGAGAUUACAACUGCUUAAUACCUUUGCUGAAUAUUCAUGUAUGUAAAAACAGAUCUAAUUAUGUAAAAAAAUAUGCAGGGUCUGAGUGUUUAUGCUUGUCAUGUAUAUGUUUAUUAUUAUUUUGGUAAAGUGUUUACAUAAAACUUCCUCUAUAUUUUACCCUGCUGAAGUUGGUUGCAAAUACCGCAUAAGCUUGCCUUGCUUACUUUAAACCCCAAUUCUCUCUUUUAAGAUCUACCUGUUUACAUUGGCUUGUGUGGCAUCCUGUGUCUUGUUUCACUGUUUGGAGUGCACUUGCAAAAUAUUUAUAUGAGGGUUUCGUUCACCUUUGAUAACUGAGCAAGGAUGAGAAAUAUAGCAAAACUUUGCAACCAAUGACAUCAGAGGGGUGUUCCACGAAGCAGGAUUUCUUGGUUAUCUGGGUUUAACUUAGCUAGAACUCAUGAUUGUCCAAUAAGUGCUUAGGUAAGGAGCAUUUCUAUUGGACAAUCUUGACUUCUAGCUAAGUUAAACCCAGCUAACCGAGAAAUCCUGCUUCGUGCAACACCCCCCCCGAUGGCCUAGAUUUUAUUUACAAACAUUGCAUUGUACCUUUAUGUAAAUUAAAAUGUGAAAGCAAGUUUUGUCAUGAAUCAUAUAUAUUAUAUGAACUGAAUCAGGUUGUGGAUACAAAAUGUAGCUUUGUGUUGUCCCUGCUCGUCUGAUUUAUUCAAAAAUGUUUAUAAACGAUAUUUCAAUUUUCUCAUGGUGUAUGUGUGCUGAGGAAUUUUAUUUCAAAAGAAUUUACAGAAUUUUAUUUGCAAAUGUUAUUGAAUAAAUAGUAGUGAGAGAAUUA